UUACCUGGCUAACAGUUGCAAGCCGUUAGAUGUUCGAUACUGAACCAAGAACAGCGAUCUUUCAUGCUAAGUCAGCAACAUAGACACAUCGUAUUAUAUUCGUGCGUUUGGUGGCUAUACGCUACUCUUUUAAAUUUCAAACGGUAACCUUAAAAGUUAAAAUGUUACACGAUUUGAUCAAAACAGGCGAGCCGCUGCUUGCUGUCACUCAACCUUCUUGGUGGCGGAAGUGGGUGGAGCAUCAGAUCAUUUCGACUAAUCGGCAUGGCUGACAGAAUUAUUGACAGCGUGCACAACCAAUAGGAUUUCCGCAAAUUUCCUAUGGCGCUUGCAAUGAGUCUUUAAUGCGGUUCGUCUUAUUCCGGUGAACAUUUGUCUAUACGUCUGACAAGACUGGCUGGAACACAGACGGGUAGCGCUAUGUUGUACAAUGUGAGAUUAAAACAGCUGAUUUGCUCCUAUUUUGGCAUUCUGCUGUUUUUAGUAGGACUCCAUCAAGCCGAAGGGGCCGCAACAGAAAUGGCAAACCUGAACUGGAAGCCGUUUGUUUUUGGGGGAAUGGCCUCAAUGGUCGCAGAAUUCGGUACGUUUCCCAUUGAUCUCACAAAAACACGGCUCCAGGUUCAAGGGCAGACGCACUGUAUGGAGGUCCGAUAUCGGGGCAUGUUCCACGCUUUGUUCAGGAUUGGUCGUGAAGAAGGCAUCCGGGCGUUGUACUCUGGAAUUUCACCUGCGCUCCUCCGGCAAGCUUCCUACGGGACAAUCAAGAUCGGUACAUACAACACACUGAAGAAACUGUUUGUUAGUCGUCCAGAAGAUGAGACUAUGGUGAUUAAUGUGUUCUGUGGUGUGGUGUCUGGAGUUUUGUCAUCCUCUUUGGCAAAUCCAACUGAUGUGCUUAAGAUUCGCAUGCAGGCUCAAGGCAGCCUGUUACAGGGAAGCAUGAUGUCUAAUUUCAUCAACAUUUACCAGACAGAAGGCACGCGAGGCCUGUGGAGGGGUGUAAUUCCUACUGCACAAAGGGCGGCCAUCGUGGUGGGUGUAGAGCUGCCAGUUUAUGACAUCACCAAGAAGCAUUUGAUUGGUUCAGGCCUCAUGGGAGACACAGUGCUGACUCAUUUCAUUUCCAGUUUCACGUGUGGUCUGGCAGGUGCUUUGGCCUCCAACCCAGUGGAUGUGGUGAGGACACGUAUGAUGAAUCAACGUGUGGUCGCAGGUAACCCUCUGUACAAGGGCACCCUGGAUGGACUCAUGCAGACCUGGAAAAACGAAGGCUUUUUUGCUCUCUAUAAAGGCUUCUGGCCCAACUGGCUGCGUCUGGGGCCCUGGAACAUAAUUUUCUUCAUCACCUUUGAGCAGCUGAAGAAGCUUCCAUUGUAGAGUUUGUGACUUGACUGAACUGUGUAUGUGCUUGGGUGUGUGUGUGUGUCUAUGGCUUCAGCAUUUUCCAUCCCUUCUCCAUCACACACCUAUAAUUAUUUUUAGAACAUUUAUUUUGUUCUCAUUUGCAUUGUACAUACUUGACCUAUUUAAACACACUUGUUUUUGCACCUAAAUGCUUUAUUUUUCACUUCCGGCAGCUAUCUUGUCCGACAGCGCCAUGUUCACAGGCCCAGUGGUGUUUUCAUAGUACAUGCUUGAGAAGCCACACUGGUGAAUAUUUGAGGUAAAGGGCUAUAGUGAAAACUGGAAACCACCAGACAUAGUUUCUCCACACUGGCUAGAGAGUUUGGAAUUAUAGCAUAGUGCUUAAAGUUACUAAAAACACAUCCGCCAUGUGGGAGAUGUAGAGCAAUAGUUUAGUGUAGAACUGAAUGCAGUUGGGGAAUAUAAGCAGAAAUAUUUGAGGUCCACGCACUCCAAAUUAAAUAUUGUCCUUGUAAUUUAAAAUGCUCACAUGUAAACACAGCUUCAGUGAUAAGAAUGUAGUUUGCUUCAUCUGUAGACUGCAGAUGUGAUUGCCCAUGUUGCAAACUUCUAGACAGCCCAAAUUAAUAUCAAAUGAACUAAUAAGGGGUGCUGUGGCCUCAUAUCCUGUAUCUUUGAGCUCAAUGGGCAUUCAUAAAACACAAGCAAAUUUCAGUGUAGCUUAAGUCUGUUCUCGCCCAAGUGGUCGCAUUUAAUUCAGCAUUGCACAGAAAUUCUGUUGUGCGCAAAAAAGCUUCUUUUAUCCCAUAUUAUGUCAAGGACCCCUGAAAAGCUCCUUGGAAAUGGGUGAGAAGUUUAUGCUUGAACAUGUACAGAAUUCUAAGCACUCGUGACUGCGCACAAGCUUUUCAUUUCCUUAUUUUUUAUUUUUUUUUGCAGUGUUGUCUUUGUUGCCAUGUACAUUUGCAUGUGUGUAUGUAGCGUGUGUGUGCUUGUGUUCUGAGAAGCACAUGUAAAAUGUCAAAUAUUUUGGCAGCUGUGAAAGUGUGUAAAUACUGCUACUGUACGGUAGAAUAAAACAUUAGCAUAUAUAGUUUUUUGUUUGUUUGUUAAUUUUAAACUAGAUUUUGUGGAAAUGGGUGUCAGUAGCAUUUUUGAGUGCUUGCCUCUUUGCCAAAGUGUACAUGUAUUAAACCAGAACUGCACUGAUGUUGCUGGUUUUUAAAAGUGACACAUUAUUAUUGUUAUUAUUGGGAAAGUACUGUUACAUAUUUAUUAUUGUAUGCCGCCAUAUUUCAAGCCUUACCACUUCCUGCUUUUAUAUUUAUGCCUUUGCCUGGUUGUUUUAUGUCUCUCGGUAUGCUAGCCAAACAUGAAGUGUUGAACUUCUGUUAUAAUUUACUGUCUAUAUUGUUCAUAAUCUUUAAAAUGCAAAUCAAACUGUACUGUAAACUUCUAAGCAAACAUCCUUGCUUAAGUAUUAUGGACACGCUGUUUCUUCAUAUGACUUUAAGGGGACAAGAUUAAAAGGUUUAAUGUAUGUAAUGCCUGGGUUAUUCAGGGGUUUUCAUAUUUGUUAUACUUCCAAUUUUUUUUUUCUGAGCUUUGGCUUUUGCUAGAUUGGUGACUACAGCAUGGUGCAUGAUGUAUUCCUCUCUAAAUAACUUUGGAAAAUGCUAUUUCAUUAUGUGCAAAGACCAAGAACCACAUUAACCCAUGUGCCAGUGUUCUUGCUUCAGUUUACUGUUAGUAACUCACGAAUCGUUAGGUUGAGAACAUUUUUGCUGUUAUGCUCCCUCAGGUUUUUUUUUUUUCUUUGCAAGUUUUUUAUUUUUUUUCUUCAUAUAUACAGCUUUAUUUAUAUUUUUAUUUAUUUAUUUUAUUUUUUUGUUUGUUUCUUUUGUGCAGAGGUACUUUUUAAAUUUGUUCGUUUGGAUGUAUAAUGGAAAUCAGGAUGAAUUUUCUGACAAUGUUGUACAUUGAGGGAAAUUAUAGAAUGUAUUACCCAGAUUAAUUUGAUAAAUGUGACCCUGGAGCACAAAAGCAGUCUUAAGUCACUGGGGUAUAUUUGUAGCAAUAGCCAAAAAUACAUUGUAUGGGUCAAAAUGAUCGAUUUUUCUUUUAUGCCAAAAAUCAUUAGGAUA